UCUACAAGAUUACUAGCUGAUUUUGUAAUCAAUAAAGAGAUUUUCGGCGUUUAUUCUAACAUGCAGUCUUAUUUUGUUAUCGCUGAAUCAGAUUUUACGAUAAUUUAAAUUAUCUUUUAGCUCAGAUGCAUGUUAUCAUUUCUUCAAAACACACUGGAUUAGUCCAACAAACAACGUCGAAAUUUGAAACACGUACGUUCAUUAAUUCAGUAAUCUUGAUCAAUCCAGUGUAGUGAUAAGUUUGUUUCUAUAAUUGUGGACAAUUAUUCACUUGACUUGGGAUUCUAUCAAGAUGUUAAUGCGCCCCAACAUGGCAACACUCAACUGCAUAUGCCAUCAAGGAACCGAUCGGAAGGAAUAUAAUUCCAACUUAUAACACCAUUCUAGCCUUUGUCACGACAAUGACCAGCACGUUACCCGCAGGAGUACAGACAGCGAGGCCCGUUUUGAGGUCGAAGUCCGCUACCCCUCGACCCGCCUCCAGGAAACUGUUCUGUUCCUGUAAAUCAGCCGUGCCUGGGACAUUUCGAGAAAAGCAAUCAACGCCCCGUCCCGUCACCCCGCGUUGGAGCGCCGACCACGCAUCAUGGCUAGGAUGUGACGCCUCCAAUCCCGCCUACCACGACCUCGUCAACCAAUGGCAUCUACAGGGCCUCCACUGGAUCGCCUGCGCGGAUGGACAGAUGCCUAUUAGGCCGGUGAAGGGCGGCCACACGAGAUCCGGGGAACCUCUCUACAUUGCUCGAACACUCAACCCAGCUAUGAAACUUUGCAUAGGCACAUUCCGGCCGUCAACGGGUCUCUGUUAUGUAGAGUGGCGGGGUCGGCAGCACCGGACGGACCAUUAUGAGGUGCUGUGUUACCGCUCCAAGCUACAGGCCCGCGCCGUCCUGCCUGUUUCCAGCACCCCAGACCUCUCUGGAACAUUACAGGUGCUUUCAAUGAAAAGUCCGCUGAAAAUCGGCAACAUUAUGUACACGAGAACAUGGUGAACUGUGAUUCGUGUCUCAUAAUUCUGAAUUACACGUAGUUGUAAAAGUAGUUGACAGUGUCUGCAGUUUGUGCUAUGUUCGAGGGCUGUAGUUCUAGUAUCUAGUCUUUUUAACUCGAUUGUGCGUAAAGGACACUCAAGUCGAGUCUUAACGUUUCUGUCUUCCGAAACAAAUUGUCUUCCAAUAAAUCACGUGACUCACUGUUAACAGAGUAUUCACCUGUGAUCCACGUGGCUUAUUAUCUACCAGUGAUCCACGUGGCCUAUUAUCUACCAGCGAUCCAUGUGACCUAUAUCUUCCAGUGAGCCACGUGGCCUAUAUUUAUCAGUGAUCCACGUGGCCUGUUAUCUACCAGUGAUUCCGUGGCCCACAAUCUACCAGUGAUCCACACGACCUAUUAUGAACCAGUGAUCCACGUGGCCUAUAUCUACCAGUGAUUUACGUGGCAAAUUAUCUACCGGUGGUCCGAGUGGUCUAUUAUCUACCAGUGAUCCACGUGGCCUAUUAACUACCAGUGAUCCACGUGGCCUAUAACUACCAGUGAUCCAUGUGACCUAUAUCUACCAGCGAUCCAUGUGACCUAUAUCUUCCAGUGAGCCACGUGGCCUGUUAUCUACCAGUGAUCCACAUGGCCUAUUAUCUACCAGUGAUCCACGUGGCCUAUUAUCUAACAGUGAUCCACGUGGCCUAUUAUCUAACAGUGAUCCACGUGGCCUAUUAUCAACCAGUGAUCCACGUGACCUAUUAUCAACCAGUGAUCCAUGUGACCUAUUAUCUAACAGUGAUCCACGUGGCCUAUUAUCAACCAGUGAUCCACGUGACCUAUUAUCUAACAGUGAUCCAUGUGACCUAUUAUCAACCAGUGAUCCACAUGGCCUAUUAUCAACCAGUGAUCCACGUGGCCUAUAUCUACCAGUGAUUCACGAAACAAAUUAUCUAUCAGUGGUCCACGUAGCCUAUUAUCUAUCAGUGGUCCACGUAGCCUAUUAUCUACCAGUGAUCCACGUGACCUAUUAUCUAACAGUGAUCCACGUGGCCUAUUAUCAACCAGUGAUCCACGUGACCUAUUAUCUAACAGUGAUCCACGUGACCUAUUAUCAACCAGUGAUCCACGUGGCUUAUUAUCUACCAGUGACCCACGUAGCCUAUUAUCUACCGGUGAUCCACGUCGCUUUUUAUCUACCGGUGAUUCACGUAGCCUUAUAUCUACCAGUGAUCCCCGUUGCCUAUUAUCUACCAGUGAUCCACAUGGCCUAUAAUCAACCACUGAUCCACGUGG